GACUCGGGGGGCCGCCGUCCGAACUCUUCCUCGUCGGCUGGUUCGCGGGAGAGCUAGGGUUGGGGUCUUGUCUUGGGGUGUCCUCCUCCGAAUCCUGGUGCUCGUCCCGUGACUCCGAGCCUAGCUUUUCUUCACUUUUCUUGGAUUCUCCUCCAUCCCCGGUCCAAAAUGACGACGAUCGUGGCUACUUCGGAGGACGAUCCGGUACUCGCCGUGGUUCGGUUCACGUCAGAGCUCGCCUGGGCCGAUGCAGGCCCCGAGGUCGCAGAACUUCAGGUGACCCGACUUUGUAUUGAAGCCCAGGAAUGUAUGAUUACGAGUAGAUGGUUGGAUCUGGCAUCUCUAAUGCUUACUUCAGCAGACUUGAUAGUAUCACGAGUGUCAGAGAAAGACCUGGAAUGUAUUUUCACUGUUAUCUGCAACCUUGUCACAAGAGCAAGUAUUCCGGAUGAAGCACUAGAGAUGGCAAAGCUCAUAUCUGCAAAAGUUAUCCAGCAACCAAAUGAUAAACCUGCUCUUCGCCUGAAGAUGCUGUUCAAUUUGUACAAUCUGCUAGAGAAUCCCUACGCUAGGUUCCUUGUCUACAACAAAGCACUCAAUUUGGCAGCUAGUGGAAAAGUUACUGAAAGCAUUAUACCUUCAUUCAAAAAUAUAGAUAGUUUUCUGCAAGAGUGGAAUAUUGGAAAAAUGGAUCAAAGGGAGCUUUUCCUCACCAUCUCUAACAUUUUAAAGGACAAUAAGAGCAUGGCCAAAGAUUCUUUUGCUUUCUUGACCAAGUAUUUAGCGACUUUUUCUGGUGCUGGUGAGGAGUCAUGUACGAUGAAUGAGGCCAAAGAGGAAGCUGUGCAUUCCAUUAUAGAGUUUGUGAGGUCUCCAGACAUAUUUCAGUGUGAUCUGCUAGACAUGCCUGCUGUUGGGCAGCUGGAAAAAGAUGGAAAGUAUGCAUUGAUUUACCAGCUGCUGAAGAUCUUUCUCAAUCAAAGGCUUGAUGCCUACUUAGAUUUUCAUGCUGCUAAUUCUACUUUAUUGAAAAGCUACGGUCUGGUUCAUGACGACUGCAUAACAAAAAUGAGGUUGAUGUCAUUGCUAGACCUCAGUUCCAACGAUUCUCGUGAAAUUCCAUAUUCUGUCAUCAGGGACGCACUUCGGAUCACGGACGAGGAGGUAGAAUAUUGGAUUGUCAAAGCAAUCACCUCCAAACUUCUGGACUGUAAAAUGGAUCAGAUGAAUCAAUUUGUGAUUGUGAGCCGGCAUACUGAGCGAGUGUUUGGGCUGUCAGAGUGGCAAAGUCUUCAUUCCAAGCUGGGAGCUUGGAGGGGAAAUAUUGCCAAUGCUAUCAGCACAAUCCAAGCUAACAAAGUAUCUGGAGGACUACAGGCAAUGCAAGGAUUAAUGAUACGCUGAAGUUUGUCAAUUUUCCACAAAGCAAUGGACCGAGUAUUGAACGCUGACAAGAUACUACAUUUGAUUUAGAUGAUGAGAGGGCAUGUUCGAUUCCAAAGAACGAGCCUCUUGAGUGAAAUCCAAUGAGUUUUUAUAAGCUUUAGUGAUUAGAUUUUGAUGUUAUGGGUGAUGGUUGAUUGCCAAAAAUUUUGUAGGGUAGCCCUCUAUGGCAGUGUAGAUUUAGUUGCGAGAUCAUUUCGGUCGUGACCCAAAUGAAUACAGAUCAUAACCUAAAUAUUGAGGAAUUGAUUUUUUUUUUUUUUAAUUGUGGAUGUUCUUGAUGAUGAUCCUGGUUUGAAUAUUCUUUAUCUUGA